AUGCCCACCCCGAAUGCCGCCACGCCGCAGGCCAAGGGCUUCCGCAGGGCCGUGUCCGAGCUGGACGCCAAGCAGGCCGAGGCCAUCAUGUCCCCACGGUUCAUCGGCCGGCGACAGAGCCUCAUCGAGGACGCCCGCAAGGAGCGUGAGGCUGCGGUGGCCGCGGCGGCCGCAGCGGCGGCCUCCUCGGAGCCCGGGGACCCCCUGGAGGCUGUGGCCUUCGAGGAGAAGGAGGGCAGGGCCGUGCUGAACCUGGUCUUCUCCCUGAGGGGCGCCAAGCCCUCCGUGCUGUCCCGGGCCGUGAGGGUGUUUGAGACCUUUGAGGCCAGGAUCCACCACCUGGAGACCCGGCCCGCCCAGAGGCCGCGGGCUGGGGGGGCCCAGUUGGAGUAUUUUGUGCGCUGUGAGGUGCCCCGUGGGGACCUGGUCGCCCUGCUCAGCUCCGUGCGCCAAGUGGCCGAGGACGUGCGCAGUGCCAGGGAGGACAAGGCCCCCUGGUUCCCACGGAAGGUGUCAGAGCUGGACAAGUGUCACCACCUGGUCACCAAGUUUGACCCCGACCUGGACUUGGACCACCCGGGCUUCUCAGACCAGGUGUACCGCCAACGUAGGAAGCUGAUCGCUGAGAUUGCCUUCCAGUACAAGCAUGGCGACCCCAUCCCCCGCGUGGAGUACACGGCCGAGGAGAUUGCCACCUGGAAGGAGGUCUACACCACGCUGAGGAGCCUUUACGCCACGCACGCCUGCCGUGAGCACCUAGAGGCCUUUGCGCUGCUGGAGCGUUUCAGCGGCUACCGGGAGGACAGCAUCCCCCAGCUGGAGGACGUCUCCCGCUUCCUGAAGGAGCGGACGGGCUUCCAGCUGCGGCCCGUGGCCGGCCUGCUGUCCGCCCGGGACUUCCUGGCCAGCCUGGCCUUCCGCGUGUUCCAGUGUACCCAGUACAUCCGCCACGCGUCCUCGCCCAUGCUGUACUGGUUCACGGUGGAGUUCGGGUUGUGCAAGCAGAACGGGGAGGUGAAGGCGUACGGCGCCGGGUUGCUGUCUUCCUACGGGGAGCUCCUGCACUGCCUGUCUGAGGAGCCUGAGGUCCGGGCCUUCGACCCUGAGGCUGCCGCCGUGCAGCCUUACCAAGACCAGACCUACCAGUCGGUCUACUUUGUGUCCGAGAGCUUCAGCGACGCCAAGGACAAGCUCAGGAGCUAUGCCACCCGGAUCCAGCGGCCCUUCUCAGUGAAGUUCGACCCGUACACGCUGGCCGUGGACGUGCUGGACAGCCCGCACGCUGUCCUGCGCUCCCUGGAGGGUGUCCAGGACGAGCUGCACACACUCGCCCACGCGCUGAGUGCCAUCGGCUAG